AUGGAAAAAAGGGCCACGAAGGGCGGAAAAUCAUCUGCCAGUGUCUCCCAACACUACCCGUCAAGCUGGCUGACAUUUUUUGGAUCGAGUUCCGGUCCCUUGAUUGAGGCCUCGGACAAGGAGGCGCCGAUACCGGCACCGCAUGACACCACCGAGACUGAUAGAAAAAAGACCAAGUCGAGCUCCCACUCGGCUCCUCCCUCCUCUGCCACCACCAAUGAGACACAGUCGAAGAAGAGCACCGACCAGAAACCCAGUCGCAGCUUCUCUUACUCCCAGCUGCGCACCAACCCGGCCGAUCCACUCUCGCUGGGGAAGCUGGUCGUGUGGAAAGACAUCUAUGUCGAGGUGCCGAUCCAGACGCGCUCGCGGAUUUGGUCAUUCAUCCGCCGCCGCAAGCCCUUCGAAUACCGCGUCGUUUUAGAUCAAGUGUCCGGGGUCGCCACACCUGGCCAACUUACCUUCAUCAUGGGCGCUUCUGGAGCCGGCAAGACGACGCUGCUCAACGUGCUCACGCAGCGCAACCUGAAAGGCAUGCGGGUUUUCGGCGAGGUU